UUCAGUCGUGCACGAGCUCGUUUCGCUUCGGCUGUUGUAUGAGUAAUUUAUCAUCAAACAAGUUUUUCCAUAUUAUUCAAAAAACUAUUCAAGUUAGUUGAAAGAAUAAUCUUGAAUGGUGAACGUACACGUACACAAAACUCUAAUUUAUCAAUGGGAAAGCGCUGGUCUGCCGCUGGGUGCUUGUUUUGAAGGGACCCCUUUCGUUUUUGUGUAGUGUGUUGAGUUGCCGCCGCCGCAGCAGUGUUCCGACGCGUCAAAGCGGCGAGUGUGUUUUGUUUUUUCGUGCACAGUGACCGACCCCUAGGUCGUCGAGGAGGAAAAAUAAUAAAUUCUAAUCUGUCAAACCAAGGAGGCCGAGGUGAACGAAAAACCCGAGGUUCCUGCCUUAUUCAACAGUUCCAGUCGCCGCGCGCGAGUGUGUGACAUUUCCGGUUACGACGACGCCAUCUUGGAUCAUCUCCGCGCGCAUGGUGACAGCUAGCGAAAUCGUGAAGAGAAACAAUCAAUCUUGACGGGAUUCGAACCGCGCGCGACAUCACUUGGACGGAGCGGCGACCUAACGCCCUACGCCACAGCGGGGUCCUCGGUGAUUGACAGCUGAUUAGUUCGCGCGAAGGCGCCUUUUGUGAAAGUUUCAAGUGUGUGUGUCGGUGCGCGCCGAAAGACCAGUAAUGAACACGUAAAAUUGCUCAUUGUUAUUUUUAUAACGCGCAAUUAGCGGUGGAAAAGAGCGCAGUUUUUCGAACGGGCUCGGCAGCCGCCAAAUAAUAAUAAUCACACAAAAAGCCUAAUAGCUCCCAAGAGUUUAAGGCAGCAGCAAAAAUAUCGAAUAAAAAGGAAAAAUGUUUUAGAAGUUGCCGCGAGCAGUCUCGGCCUAUCGUUUUCUCUAAAUAUCAAAUUAAACAAAUAAUCGCGAGAGAGCGAGCUCUUGCGAGAGCCAACGAGCGCUUCGCGAGCAGAACUAAACGCCUAACCUUAAAAGUGAGUGUUUUUAAGAUGACUCAUUUGAUUUAAUUGCUCCCGCACUAAACCGAGCGGUCCGUACGUCAGUUGUUGGGCGAAGAACCGAUCGAGGUAGAUAAGAGUCGAAAAAAGGGCCCCUCGAACAGCUAAGGCGCUAAGGCGAACUCGUAAAAAUAGAGCGCUCGUAGUCUGUGAGGAAGAAGAAGAGGAAGAAGCUCGUAUUGUCCCGGAACGCAGCACAAAAACGCCCGUCAAAACGUCGGAUCCCACGCGGAGGCUCGAACACACGACGUUCAGCAUGUUGACCGACAUGAGUCCGUCGGCGGCCGGACAGUUCUACGGCGCCCAGAUACCGGCCAUGGGCAUGAACAUCACCAACAUCACGCACAUGCAGAAACCCACGGACCACCCGGGCCUACGCGGCACCCCGCUGGCCAUGCUGGCCGCCCAGUGCAACAAGCUGUCGAGCAAGUCGCCGCCGCCGCUGGCGGACGCCGCCGUCGGCAAGGGCUUCCACCCGUGGAAGAAGAGCCCGACCGUUUCGUCGGGGCCACACUCGCCCAACUCGGGCUCACACGGGUCGAUCCAGACUUCGUCGGUUCCCAGCAGCAGCAGCAGCAGUAACGUGAUACAGUCGACACAGAGGGCGCUCUCGACGUCGUCCGCUUCGUCUGCCUCGUCCACCGCUAGUCCCAUGUCGUACGUCACGACCAGGCCAAUCACGUCGUCCUGCGCGGCCAGUACGGCGCCGUCCUAUGGCAGUGACUUGUAUUUCCCGGGAGCCACCACAUCGCCGGCAUGUGCCGAGAAUGCCCACAUGCAGCACGGGCUUCUGGGCAAGGUCGAGGGCACGACGCUUGGGUCGGUGUACUCGCGGCACCCGUACGACUGGCCGUUCAAUGCGGCUGUGUCGGCGGCCACGGCCCACAAGACCGACAACAUGAACUCCGGCUGGUGGGACAUGCACGGUGCGGCCGGCAGCUGGCUGGACAUGGGCAGCGCCGGCAUGCAUGCCGCCACAAUGGCCAACUACGCGGCCACGGCUGCCGUCAGUUCGGACUACUCGACGUUGACGCACUCGCUCACGAACACGGCCCACCUGCUCGGGACCGGGCAGCACCUGCUGCCGGACUCGUACAAGAGCAUGCUGCCGUCCCAGGGCGUCGGCAGCUUCGGCUUGCCGCACACACCGGCUUCACCGGCUCCGCCAACGCCGCAGGCUCCGUCACCCCGCAGCCAGCGCCGCUAUUCCGGCCGUGCCACCUGCGACUGUCCCAACUGUCAGGAAGCGGAACGGCUCGGACCGGCCGGAGUUCAUCUGCGCAAGAAGAACAUCCACAGCUGCCACAUUCCGGGCUGUGGCAAGGUCUACGGGAAAACAAGUCACCUGAAGGCUCACCUUCGAUGGCACACGGGCGAGCGGCCCUUCGUCUGCAACUGGCUGUUCUGCGGCAAGCGCUUCACCCGCUCCGACGAACUCCAGCGCCAUCUACGAACCCACACAGCAAAACACGUCAAAACACACGGCGCCACGGGGUCAUCCAGCGGCACCGGUUCCAACGCCAACCCAACCAAGAAAAACUCGUCCGACUCGUGCAGCGACUCCGAGGACACUAACAACGCCCAACAGCAGCAACAGCAGCAGCAAACCGAUCUCCAACAGCAGAUGCAAAGCGGCGGCGCUGGCGGCGGAGUCGGCACUCAUAGCCCGGGCUUGGCGGGCCACGGUGGCGGUGGUCACCUCAUGGCCAUGGGCGGGGGACAUCCCGGUGCGUUGAGUCACCCCUCGCAGCAGCAGCAGCACCAUGGGGCGCACACCCCUAGCCCAGGGCUGGAACAGCACCCCGGUCACGGUCAGCAGCUGGACGUGAAGCCGGGCAUCGUUUGAGGAAUGCUUGGGGCGACGCCCUUCUUUGGCCACCACCAGGUCACGGGGUCACCCUACUGAACAACACAGCGUAGUACUGUAAUUUAGGAGCGACGAAAAAGGGUUAGGGUUUGGGAGUUUCCUUUUGUGGGGACCAGUGCAUGGUGGACAUAACCUCGAAAUUUGUGGAUGACAGUUCAAAAAUGUAAUCUUUGACGUUUGACUUUCGUUGUUUUUUGCAAGCAAUAACAUAACCUAACUUUUUGACGGCAAACGUCAAACCAGAACAAACUUGCUACCGGAUCCUUUCCAUGCGACUCAUUUCUGUUAAUUUUUUAAGACUGACAGCCCGAUGUCAGUCAACAAAUGUCACAGGGACAGUGACAGCUCUUUGUUUGCAUCAGUACACUCUGUCCAGGAGUUCGUCAUUUUUGAGGUGAAUCAUAUUGUUUUUACUGGGUCUAGAAAGCCUUAUGGUUUGUCGUUUGCUAGAACAGUUGGAAAAAUGAAAACAAAUCACUUCGUGCAUCAGUCAAACUCUGCCCUCUUGUGCUAUUUUUGACUAAUUGUUUUCACAACUGAAAGAUCCGCACAAGCACUUUUAAAAUCACUCAGUUUUACUCAAAACCGAAUCUACUUAGAAAAGAGUAAAUGGGGCAUCUGUCAGAUUUUGAUGAAAUUCACGCCAGGUUCAGUUUCGACGAAACCUGAGUAAACAUAACUCAGAAAUAAGUUAUUUGAAAUAAGUGGCUUUCUAGGCCAAGUGAAAAAAAUAUAAUUUAACUCAAACAUGACGAACUCCUCGUCACAGUGUCCAGAUGCAAACAAUGAUCGAGCUGUAGCUGUCACUGCCAUGCGAAGUAUGUUGGCUGACAUAUCGGGCAGUCAAUAAAAAAAACCAGCUAGAAGUCGCCUGACAAAAAACGUUUGCUAAAAAGAGAUAGGAAACCUGAUGCAAACAAACGUCCAGCUUGGGAAAUCGUAAAAAUGACAGCUGUUUGUUUACCAAGGGCAAAAUCGCUACACGCUCGAAUCAAACAACUCAUUUAUAAGAUAUUUUCGCUCAGACAUAUCCAAAACUGAACAUACUCAGGAAUGAGUUUUGAAAGUUCUGAAGACCUCUGAGAGAAAAUCACCCAGAAAUUCAUUCUUUAGUUGGUUCAAUUUUGACGAAAUCUGAGUGAAACUAACUCAGAAAUUGAUUUAUUGUAAUGAGCGUGUAGAUUCUGCACGCUCAUCCUAAACAGUUUAGUUUUGCGUUAAUUUUUGUCUCAAAUUUUGUCUUUUGUUUUUGGUUUUCAAGUUUGAAAAAGCUUGAUUUUUUUCGCUCAAUUUUGGAGUAUUUUUGAAUAAUUUAAGUAAUCAUUUAAACAUGAGUAAAAAAAAACCUAAAAAUGAGAGAAUAUAUCCAUAAGCAAGAACAUUUUUUGUUUACUAAACAAACAGCUGUCACUGAGACGAGACAAAUGGAAAGAUGUCUUCUUUACCUUAAUGGAGAGGUGAAAAUUUGCCCUGAGGGGUCCAAAUAAGCAGUCAAAUCAGGUGUCCAAUUGAGCAACAAGAACACUUUAGUUUUGUAAACAAACAGCUGUCACUUGUCAAAAUCUGGGUCGUCAUACCUGUGUCCAAACUUGAGCAAUGCGUAUGUGAGGGAAAUGUUAGAUUUUCACUCCAACCAAAUCAACAUAAUUUUGAACAUAAAACAAAAAAAAACUUGAUUUUAGAUUCGACGUAAUUUGUGAAACUUUGGUUAAAGUUAUCAUUAUUAUAAUCAAUAGUUCAACAAAACUUGUCAUACAGUAUCUCGUUUUUUUCACGAUCUCAACCUUAUUUUUGCUUUUUUUUGUCUCUGUUUGGAUCCCUGAUUUGACAGCUCCAUAGAAACCCUAAGAGUAACGAAUUACGAAAUCUAAGUGAUUUAGAAUGAGAGUGUAAAAAACUCAAAAUUGUUUUUUUAUUCCGAUCUUGACGAUAUCUGUUUCAUUUUGGACCAAGUUUACUAUACAUUUUAUGAAAAUUUUAUAGAAAAAUGCAUGUUUUUUAAAGUACUGUUGAAGCCAAAUUUUCAAAUGACAAGACAAACAUUUAAGCGUGUAAAAAGCACCUGUCAGAAAAACACGCUUAUUUAAAAAAAAAAUACGCAAAUUACCCCCCUUAUCAGAACCUUCUCAGAAUUGUUUUACAUUGUUUUGGGGAUAUUAAACUUAAACUUUUGGUAAUUUCUCAAAUUCUAAAUUGUUUUCUCAAAUACGAGUAAUUUCACUCAAAUGUGGAUUUUUUUACAAAUCAAUUGGCUAACGUGUGAUAUUCUUCUUGAGUACAAUCAAUAAUAAUAAAAGCUGCACGGAGAAAAAAGAGUUCCCAAGAACGUGAACAAGCGUUCAUGAAAAUGGGAACCACGAACAAAGUGUUCAAAUUUCAUGGCAAAAUCGUACCAUGGGAUUUGAACACUUUGUUUGAGGUUCCCAUUUUCAUGAACGCUUGUUCACAAUUUUGGGAACUCUUUUUUCUCCGUGUGGAUGAUAUUUAUUUCUUAAAAAGAGUUUGACAACCCUAUUCCGACCAAUGCAAACUGACAACAGUCAACAUUAGCACGGUUGUCAAAUGAGAGCCCACAACAAAAGCACCAGCUGUCAAAUGGUAGCCCAUAACAAAUCAUUGUUUGGGUUUUUGAUCUUCAAAUUUUCUACAAUUUAAACGACAAGUUCCUGAAAAAACAAGUGAAUUGUGUUGCUGAUGGCGAAUUCUAUCAUACUCUUGUAGAUUCCAUCCCAAUAUUGGCUGAAAAUUAAUAUCGAAAAAAGUGAUUUUUCUGUUUACCUUUUUUUGUUUCUUUUUUAUUUCGUUUGGUCGUCAAAACAGUGCGCCCGUACACUGAGAAUCGGCAUUACACAUUUUCCAGUUUGCUUUUACACAUUUGCAUGGGACUUUUGAGUUCAACCAGAAUAACACACUUCGUGUAACCAUAGCAAUAUGUAUAAUACUGAUUCUCAGUGUUUGUUUCCUGAACUCCCAAGAUGGCGUUUUCUUCGUUACCCCCUGAAUUUAAACCAGAAAAAAAAACAAUGAAAACAAUGACAAUUUCGUCAAAGAUUAACCAUUCCAACCUACGAUUCGAGCUUAUGUUGCACUGGUUCUGCGGGGGCCCUCUUUUCACAGAGUGUGUGGCAUUAAAUGUGAUUUGUUCAGAGUAGAAAAAUAAAACAUCAACAACAUUGACUCACCUCCCCCACGGCAUACCUAUUGUGAUAGAUUACUUUCCAACUGUCAAAGAUGACAAAAAUUCCAUUUGUCAAAGAUAAAACAAAUUAAAAACAACUAUGAACACGCUCAUUUGGAACAACGCAUUUCAGUGUUAUUUUUUCAGAAUACACUUUCCUACAAAUCAAUCAGUUUACGUCAAAACUGAACCUACUCAGAAUUGAGUAAAUCGCGCAAACAUCAGAUUUGAGUUAUUUCUUUUUAAUAACAGAUGCGCCUCAUUUACUUAUUUCUGAGUUGGUUCGAUUUUGACGAAAUCUGGGUGAUUUUAAAUGAGAAUUUGAUGAAUUUCACUAACAAUCUGAUAUGAGUCAAAAUAAGCUAAUUUUGUUUUAAUGCGAAAUGACCCUGAAAUGGGUUAUUUCGAAUGAGCGUGCAAGCUGUCAAAUCGAACAAACAACCCCCUCCCCCCUCACAAAAAGAACACAGAUGAUCAAAUCAGUUUGUGAUGUCUCUUAAUAACAAUUAUUGUAUGUGUAAAUAAAACUUGAUCUUUAAAAAAAUGCUAAAUCGCAAGAAAAGUAGCAAGACCCGGCGCACGCGUAAAUUGGGUGAUAUUUCUAAACUAUUAAAUGUGUCUAUUCGUAUAUAGUUAAUUUGUUAUAAACAAUAAAGAAAAAAUACAUUUACACACUAAAACGUACACUCACACUGACACCCCCCGCACACUUACACUGUUAAAUUAUUUUCUUCAAAGUAAACAAAAAAAAUCAACUUAUCCAUUAAGGGCGCUCGUAACGACGAAAGCGGAAAACUAAUUGACGGCAGAUCGUAAAAAUAAAAAGUAAAAUUAAAUUGUGUAAAUUAUUCGCUGCUUCGCAGAACAAACUAGUUUAAAAAGAAGAGAAAACUCACACACGAUCAAAACCCAGCACACUAAGUAAAAUUCUAUUUUAUUACGAAACAUAACUUUUUAUCGCGUAACGAGGUGGGAAUUUAGUCCCACCGGAUCAGGCCCCCUCCGGUCACAAAGAGCGAAAAAGAGAAGGACGGGGGAAAACAACAUACUUAUCGUUAUAACUUAAUGUAAUAUAAUUGUAACAUAUCAAAUGAAUAACAUAAAUAAAAAAACAAGUGGAAGCAAAUUGGGCAAGAGAACAAAACACGACACAAACUUCAAUGAGAAAAACGAAACCUGUAAUGAGAAUAAAAAUUAAGGAGUUUAAUUAAUCCCCUCGUGCAUUUUGUUUUUUUUUUUUCUAUCCCCAACCCCGAAAAUCCACACUCCGAAAGGCACAGAAGACGAGGGGGUUAUUAGGCGAAAUUGUAAUUGUUCGACUAGCCGCAAGAAAAAAAAAACAAGUUUGUGCAGUGGUGGACCCCUCGUUGAGCACGAACCAGUCGCGACCCGAGUCACGUUGUUAAUUCGAUGAGUAUAACCAAUUAAUUGCAAAUAAUGACGAACGAUGAUGCGCGAGCGCAGGGCCACCUGCGCGGAAUUUUUUCGCUACUAGAAGUAGAGAAGACGACAGGUUGAACAUGAGAACAAUUGGAGGGAGAUGAAAAAAAUUAAACUAUUACAGUGUACUUGCGAAAAGUAUGUGGCUAGGCUAGCAUGUAAGGAAGAUAAAAAAAGUGGAACUUAAAUUUAUUAAAUAUUUUAAUUAUUUCUAAACAAA